AAAGUUAAACAACAAUAUACCUUUGGACGCACUCUCCCCCGAUAAUGCAUACCCGGGUUAUAUAUAAUUUCUCAGUGUAAGUCAUCAUUCUCGGCGCCCUAAUUUGAUGUGAUUAUUAGCUUAUUAUUCCACUAUCGAAAGAACAAUUGCGACAGGUUAAAGUAAGAUUUUUCCUGUCCAUGAAGAGAUUAGUGUUUGUGCGUGAUCUAUAAAAAGGCUUAUAUAUAUAGUUUGCAAAGCACUACCCUUUAGUGACUUACAUUCACUGGCUAGGUAGCCACAAUGGAAUCGAUUUUAGCUGUUCCAUACCUACAUACCGGAGCCACAACCGGGCUCUUGCUUGCUAUAUUUGUGUUUUCCUUCUUUAGUGUCACUAAGAGGUACAGAGCCAACAGGAGUCCCCAACCCCCUCAAGUCUCAGGUGGAUGGCCGCUGCUAGGCCAUCUACACCUCCUUGGAGGAUCCAAGCAGCUUCCCCAUAUAACCUUGGGAGCCCUGACUCACAAGUAUGGACCGAUCUUCACAAUCAAUAUUGGCAUCCACUCCACUCUUGUGUUAAGUACUUGGGAAGCUGCUAAGGAAUGUUUCACCAUCAACGACUCGGUUGUUUCCUCCCGUCCAGCUACUCUAGUUGCCAAACACUUGGGCUACAACUAUGCCAUGUUCGGUUUCAGCCCCUACAGUCCAUACUGGCGUGAAAUACGUAAGUUGAUAUCCCUAGAGCUACUCUCAAACAGAAGGCUCGAGCUACUCAAACAUGUUCGAGUAUCCGAAGUAGAGAUGAGUUUGAAACAGUUAUACAAGCAAUGGAGGCAAAGAAAAGACAUAAUCAGCACAAGCACUGGCCAAGUUCCGGUGGAGAUGAAGCAGUGGUUUGGGGAUUUGACACUGAACGUGGUUCUGAGGAUGAUUGCUGGAAAAAGAUACUUCAAUGUCGCUGAUGGUAAUUUGAGCGACGAAAAAGAGGCACGACGGUGCCAAAAGGCCAUGAGGGAUUUCUUCCAUUUGGCGGGACUUUUUGUGUUGGGGGAUGCAGUUCCAUGGCUUAAGUGGUGGGAUUUAGGUGGCCAGCAGAAGGCUAUGAAAUACACUGCAAAGGAACUCGACCUUAUAGUCAUGAAGUGGUUAGAGGAGCACAAGCAUAGACGAACAACCUUGGGGAAGACUAAAGGCGGCGACCAAGAUUUCAUGGAUGUUAUGCUUUCAGUCCUUGAUGGAUCUCACGUUGCAGGCUUUGAUGCUGAUACCGUCGUGAAGGCAACAUGUGUGAGUUUGAUAACUGGAGGCACGGACACAACAACGGUGACCCUAACGUGGACACUCUCACUGCUGUUAAACAACCCUCAAGCACUGAAGAAGAUCCAUGAAGAACUAGACAACCAUGUUGGCAAAGAAAGAUUAGUGAACGAAUCAGAUAUCAACAACCUGGAGUAUCUAGGAGCCAGUGUUAAAGAAGCAUUGCGUUUAUGCCCAGCUGGACCACUCUCUGGUCUGAGGGAAGUCACUGAGGACUGCACUGUUGGAGGGUACCAUGUCCCAAGAGGCACUUGGUUGAUGGUCAACCUUUCGAAGGUGCAUACUGACCCGCGGGUUUGGUCCGACCCGAUGGAGUUCAAACCAGAGAGAUUUCUCACCACCCAUAAGGGUACUGAUGUUAAGGGUCAGCAUUUUGAGCUGAUACCAUUUGGGAGUGGAAGAAGAGCUUGCCCUGGAAUUACUUUAGGCCUUCAAAUGACCCUGUUGUCCCUGGCUGGUUUUCUUCAAGGUUUUGAGGUCUCGACUCCUGGGAACGAACCAGUUGAUAUGACUGGAAGCGUCGGUCUUACAAACAUGAAAUCUACCCCACUUCAAGUUCUCGUCAAACCACGUUUGUCUCCAGAUCUGUAUCAAUAAGAAUAAGAUCGAUCGUCAACCUCUAUAGUGCUCUAUGCAGCUAAGGAGUGCUUCACUAUCAACCGCGUCCUCACGCCAAUCGUAUAAAUAAAACCACUCCAUUUGAAGUUCUCAUUAAACCUAACUUAUCUUCUUAACCGUAUAAAUAACUCAAUUAUAUAUGCAUGUCAUUUCAAUUCAUAUUUCUGUAUAGUGGCAUGGCCGUAAAUGUGUAUAAUCAUAUAGAUCGAGUGCACUGCGCGCAUGAGGCACUUGUCUUUGAGUUUCGAUUUCUGUUAUAAAAUUACAUGAUUCAUUGUUCAUUUGAAUAGUUAAAGCCAGAUAUAUAUCUUGC